AAAAACCAAGCAACACAGAGAAAUUAUAGGCCUCAUUAAGAUUUUGCAAAAACCAACAAUUUUUCUUUUUUUUUUUCUUUCUUUUUACGUUUUUCUUCAAUUGAAACACAAAGAACAAACAAACUCUGUUUCUAAAGCUUUCAUCGAGCUGGCAAUUCUGUUCUGUUCACGGCAGAACUUGCGCAGUUCGAACAUUAUUCCAAUGUCGGAACCAAAAACAUCCUCUGUUAUCAUUGUUCUUUCUCAAAACCCAGUUUUAUUAAUUUUCUUUACUUAACAAAAAAAAUAAAAUAAAAUCACUUUCUCUUUCUUUCUCAUAAUUUUCUCAAUUUUCUCGAUUUUCUCGCAAUCCAUUGCGAGAAAAAUUGAUAUGGCUGAAAAACACCACAAAAACAAAAAAAAAAAUUUACCAAUUUCAACUUCAAAUCUCAAUGAUCCCAAGAAACAAUUAAACAAGGAAAAUCAUGACAAAGAUUUAGAAUCACUGCCGGAGCCCGAUCCUCCGACAACUUUACCGGCAGUCUCCUCGCCGGACCCCACACCGGCGCUGCCUCGGCCAAAGUCUCCUCUGCCACCUAAAGUAUUACCGCCGUUAGAAUCACCUUCAGAACCACCACCAACACCGUCACCACCACCAUCACCACCACCAUCAUCAUCACCACCACCUCCAGAACCUUCACCACCACCUCCAGAACCUUCACCGCCACCUCCAGAACCUUCUCAUCCACCUCCGUCACUAUCCCCACCGCCACCACAAUUAUCACCUCCGACAGUGCACAAUGCAAACUCCUCAAUAUCUCCUCCUCGUUCAUCACAUAAACAACCACCUCCCUCGCCUCCUGAGAGGCCAUCUUCAUCAUCUUCUUCGUCUUCUACACCGUCUAAUGAUUCGCCACAUAAAGCUAUGCAUGAAAAAUCAAGAGACUCUCAUUCGCCUGCAUCCUCGCCUGUCGAAAUAGUUGGUUAUACCCUGGCCGGAGUUUUGGUUGUCUCCUUAGUUGUCUUCGCCGUUUUUCUCACUUUUAGGAAGAAGAAAACGAAAGGAGAUGCUUAUGGUGGAGCCUUUAUGCCACCUCCUGGAACUAACUUUCAGGUUAAAUCAGGUGCUGAUGGGCUUUACUAUGUACAGCAACCUUCCUUUAGAAAUAACUAUGCCAAAGGGAACGCUGGAGCAAACAGCAAGAAGCAUUUACGACGAGGUUCUAUGGAAUCUGUACAGCCCCUGAGUGCUCAAGUAGUUUUUAGUUAUGACAUGGUAAAAGAAAUAACCAAUGCGUUUUCUAGUCAGAAUGUGAUAGGGGAAGGGGGAUUUGGGUGUGUUUACAAGGGUCGGCUUAUGGAUGGAAAAGAUGUGGCAGUCAAGCAACUUAAAGUUGGUAGUGGGCAGGGAGAUAGGGAAUUCAGGGCGGAAGUGGAGAUUAUUAGCCGUGUUCAUCAUCGACAUUUGGUAUCGUUGGUUGGUUAUUGCAUUUCUGAGCAGCAAAGAAUGCUUAUAUAUGAGUUCGUUCCUAAUGGAAAUCUUCAUCAUCACUUGCAUGGAAGUGGAGUGCCAGUGUUGGAUUGGGCCAAGAGGCUGAAGAUAGCUAUUGGUGCUGCAAAGGGUCUGGCGUAUCUGCAUGAGGACUGCAGCCAAAAGAUUAUUCACAGAGAUAUUAAAUCACCCAACAUACUUCUGGAUGAUGCUUUUGAGGCACAGGUUGCAGACUUUGGGCUUGCAAGGCUAACAGAUGCUGCCAAUACCCAUGUAUCAACAAGGGUUAUGGGUACCUUUGGGUACAUGGCUCCUGAAUAUGCAACAAGUGGAAAAUUAACAGAUAAAUCAGAUGUUUUCUCAUUUGGGGUUGUCCUCCUCGAGCUUGUAACCGGAAGGAAACCGAUUGAUGAAAACCAGCCUUUAGGAGACGAGAGUUUGGUUGAGUGGGCUCGUCCACUACUGAUCCACGCCUUUAUGACACGCGAGUUUGGUGAACUAGUAGAUCCGAGACUAGAAAAUAACUACGUAGAGAGUGAAAUGUUCGGAAUGAUAGAAGCAGCCGCAGCUUGUGUUCGCCACUCAGCUCCUAAACGGCCUCGUAUGUCUCAGGUGGUAAGAGCUUUAGACAGUGGAGACGACAUAUCUGAUUUAUCAAACGGGGUGACAUACGGUCAGAGCACUGUCUAUGAUUCUGGCCAGUACGACAAAGAGAUCAUGCUAUUCAGGAGAAUGGCCAAUGAAAGCUACGGUGAUUCUGAUCUUGAUAAAAACAGCGGAGAAUCCAAUCCUUCGAAAGAGAAUUUGAGAUCACAGCAUUCAUGGAUGCACAGUACUUCGAGUACCGAGUCAGAAUCAAGAGCUUUCAAUAAGCAUAAAGUCAGUCAUGAAUGAUCACAAAAAGCACAUAAUUUGACAGUGAACAAAUAGGCACGAUGGAAUUGAAGUAUUGAUCAAUUUAGAAGAAUUCACCUAUUAGGGGAGUUGAAGUUGCUGGAUCAUCAUCACACAGGAUGAUUUUGGUUUUUCAGGGAGUAAGGCUUUAAUCUAUAAUCAAUCUUCUGUAUAAAAAAGCAUUACUUGAAAACUCUUUUCUCCCUCCAAUUUUUGGCAGCUUGUAAAAAGAUAAGUUUUGUUGAGGUUACUUCUUAACCAUUGUUAAUAGAUAUCUCUUGCAGAUGUUGAAUUCAGAAGAUUUGAAUUUCUUA